GGUCUCAGGCCGGUCUCGGGGGUCGCGGUGCCCCCCGGGGGUCUCGCACGGCCUCUCUCCCCCCCAGAGGAGCUGGCCCGGUUCCGGCGCGAUUUCCGCUCCCGCCUGUGGCUGACGUACCGGAGCGGCUUCCCGGCGCUGCCGGGCACGGCGCGCACCUCGGACUGCGGCUGGGGCUGCACGCUGCGCAGCGCGCAGAUGCUGCUGGCCCAGGGGCUGCUGCUGCACCUGCUGGGCCGCGACUGGAUGUGGCCGGAGGCGCCGCUGGAGCCGGAGCGGGGGGGGUCCCGCAGGAGCCGCGACCCCCCGGGACGGGCGCGGGACCCCCAAGGACGGGCGCGGGACCCCCCGGGACGGAGCCAGGACCCCCCGGGACGGAGCCAGGACCCCCCGCGACAGGCACGGCCUCCCCGGGAUGGAGCGAGGGUCCCCCGGGACGGACACGGAUCCCCCAGGACGGACAGUGCGGCCCCCGGGAGGACGCGGGACCCCCCGGGAUGGAGCCAGGACCCUCCAGGGUGGACAAGACCCCCCCAGAAUGGGCAGGGACCCCCCAGGAUGGACACGGAGCGCUCCGGGGGGACGCGGGACCCCCUGGAACAACCCCGGGACCCCUCAGGACGGUCCCGGGAGCCCCUGGGACAGCUUCAGGACCCCCCGGGACGGGCACGGGAUGCCUUGGGGCAGCCCUGGGACCCUCCGGGACCACCCCAGGACCCCCUUGAACAGCCCCAGGACCCCCUGGAACGGGAACGAGACCCCUCGGGACAGCCCCGGGACCCCUCGGGACAGCCCCGGGACCCCCCAGAACAACCCCGGGAGCCCCCGGGACCACCCCGGGACCCCUCGGCACAGCCCCGGGACCCCCCAGAACAACCCCAGGCCCCCCUGGAACGGGCACGGGACCCCCUGGAACAGCCCUGGGACCCCCUGAAACGGGCACGGGACCGCUCGGGACAGCCCCGGGACCCCCCAGAACAACCCCAGGACGCCCUGGAUCAGCCCCGGGACCCCUCGGGACCCCCCCGGGACCCCUCGGGACAGCCCUGGGACCCUUCGGGAGAGCCCCGGGACCCCCUGGAACAACCCCGGGACCCGCCGGGACGGGCACGGGACCCCCUGGAAUGGGCACGGGACCCCCGGGAGGCGGAGCGGCGGCACCGCGCCGUCGUGUCGUGGUUCUGCGACCACCCCCGCGCCCCGUUCGGGAUCCACCGGCUGGUGCAGCUGGGCCGGGAGUUCGGCCGCCGCGCCGGGGACUGGUUCGGUCCCGCCAUCGCCGCCCACCUGCUCCGGGGGGCCGUGGAGUCGUGCGCGGAGACCCCCGGGCUCGCCGUCUACGUGGCCCAGGAUUGCACCGGUACCCGUGAUUUCCCGGGGGUCUCGGGUGUUUUCCAGGGGUAA